GCCAUGGUCCUUGCCACCUGAGUCAUUUAUUGUGGUGCUUGAAGCUACAAAUCCAAGUACCUGCAGCACAAGAAGUUAGAAGAUGAGCUCCCCAGAAGCCUGGACAUCUGCAGCAAGGGGACUCUGCAGGCCACCGGCUUUGAAGUGAUGGUAGCAGGGAAGUUGUUUCACUCCAAGAAGGGAGGUGAUGGCUACAUGGACAUGGAGAGUAAGUUUCUGAAGUUGGUGGCUGCGAUCAGAGCUGCCUUGGCUCAAGGCUAA